AUGACCGUGAUCAUCGACGGCAACCACCGCGCAACCGCAACCAUGGUCUUACGCCUAAUCGCCGAGCGUCCAACCGCCCUAACUACCCCCGACCACGCCGUGGAGCUCGACGCCUUCUGCACCUCCCACGGCCUCGGGCUGAAAUGGAAAGUCGAUCUUGCCGAAGUCCUCGCCGCCAUCCGCGGUAGUCGCUGUGCUGCAUUAGUAUGGAGCAAAAUGGGGCUGGUAGAGCGAUUUCGUGAUGUACAGACCAUACCCGCCCUCGUUGUUCGAGAAGACCAUUUCCAUACGGCAUGCCAGCAACGACCGGCUCUCGAAGGUCGUCCGAGACUUUUACUCCCUAUACAUCAGGCGCUGUACAAUGAUGAGAAGUUGAGUCUGGCUUUCCCGCAGGCGGGGCAGGUUCAUGGGCGGGCGGUGGGGUUUAAGGCUAUGCCUCUUGUGAAGGAGGGGAUGUGA